AUGGACGGGUACAAUCAGAGCCAGAAUCAAAAUCAAAAUCAAGGUCAGCAGCCACAACAACCGCCUUUAAAGAAAUACGUGACGCAAAGGCGAUCGGUGGAUGUGAGCUCUCCCUAUAUCAACCUAUAUUAUAACAGAAGACAUGGACUGCCGAACCCGAUGGUGGAGCCAGAGACUUCAUACACAAUAGAUAUAAUGCCACCCAAUGCCUACAGAGUUCGAGAUCGAGUCAUCAAUUUGCCCAGCAAAUUUACGCAUUUAAGUUCUAAUAAGGUGAAGCACGUGAUACCGGCCAUUCAAUGGACCCCAGAAGGUAGAAGACUUGUGGUGGCAACUUACAGCGGGGAAUUCUCUCUAUGGAAUGCAUCUUCCUUUACGUUUGAGACUCUUAUGCAAGCGCAUGAUUCAGCCGUGACCACAAUGAAAUAUUCUCAUGAUGGUGAUUGGAUGAUUAGUGGUGAUGCGGAUGGGAUGAUUAAGAUAUGGCAACCAAAUUUCAGUAUGGUGAAGGAAAUUGAUGCAGCACACACGGAAAGCAUUAGAGAUAUGGCAUUCAGUAGUAAUGAUUCGAAGUUUGUCACUUGUUCAGACGAUAAUAUUUUGAAGAUCUGGAACUUCAGUAAUGGUAAGCAGGAAAGAAUAUUAUCGGGACAUCACUGGGACGUGAAAAGUUGUGAUUGGCAUCCUGAGAUGGGGUUAAUUGCCUCCGCAUCCAAGGAUAAUUUGGUAAAGCUAUGGGACCCCCGUUCAGGGAAUUGCAUUUCGUCAAUUUUAAAGUUCAAGCAUACCGUUUUGAAGACCAGGUUCCAACCUACCAAGGGAAACCUGCUAAUGGCAAUUUCUAAAGAUAAAUCAUGUCGUGUAUUUGACAUCAGAUACAGCAUGAGGGAGCUGAUGUGUGUGAGAGAUGAAACAGAUUAUAUGACACUGGAAUGGCACCCAAUAAAUGAAUCCAUGUUCACUUUGGCGUGCUAUGAUGGAUCACUAAAGCAUUUUGAUCUUUUACAAGAUUUGAACGAACCUAUCUUGACCAUACCGUAUGCGCACGAUAAGUGCAUCACUUCAUUGUCAUAUAAUCCAGUAGGGCAUAUAUUUGCCACUGCGGCUAAGGAUAGAACCAUAAGAUUUUGGACGAGAGCAAGGCCAAUCGACCCUAAUGCAUACGAUGACCCAACUUACAAUAAUAAGAAGAUAAACGGCUGGUUUUUUGGUAUCAAUAACGAUAUCAAUGCUGUGAGAGAGAAAAGCGAGUUCGGUGCUGCCCCACCACCACCUACUACACCUGAGCCACAUGCGUUACCAAACAUGCAUGGAUUUAUCCAUUCAAAGAAACCACUACAAGAACUUUCCGGCAUUGAUUCAUCAAAGAUCAAGAGUUCCACAUUACCAGGCUUGAGCAUAUAA